CCCAUUAUUGUAGUUUGCUAGAUCCAUUCUGGUUUCACCCAAACCCUAGCUAGCAAGCUUACCUCAAAACCAUCUGUAAGUUCAACCCUUGGAAUAUUGUUUGAAAUUAUCAUUUCAUUUCGAAACUAAAUCAAUCUUUAGGUUUUGUUAGAUCCAGGGUCAGAAUUGUUUGCCCCUGUUGUUCUUUAUUGCUGAAGAAUGAAGAGAGAAACUAUGGCGGCGGAAGAAGAAUUGGUGGCGAGCAAAUGGUGGAUUGUGGCAGGGAACAAUUCCGCAGCAAAUGUAGCAAUCGAGGAAGACAAUAACUUCUCCAGAGAUCUAGCGAUGCCGGCGCCGGCGUCAGGCUCCGGCGGGCGGCGCCGCCGUGGCCGUCCGCCGGGUUCCAAAAACAAACCUAAACCGCCGAUCGUCGUCACUAAAGAAAUCCCCAAUUCUCUUCGGAGUCAUAUUUUCGAAAUACGCAGCGGCGGCGACGUCUGGAAAAGCAUCGCCGCCUACGCGCGGCGGCGCCACUACGGGGUGUCGAUUCUGAGCGGCAACGGGACAGUCUCCGACGUGACGCUGCGGAGGCCGGCGGCGCCGGGAGGAGCGAUUUAUCUCCAAGGAAGAUUCGAGAUCCUAUCCUUAUCGGGGACGUACUUGCCUCGCCCGUCGCCGGCCGGCGCCGGCGGGUUGACAAUUUUCUUGUCCGGGGAGCAAGGGCAUGUCGCCGGCGGCGAAGUGAUCGGCGCAUUGACGGCGGCAGGACCGGUUGUGGUUGUUGCAGCCACUUUCGAGACCGCGGCAUACGAAAGGUUGCCUUUGGAGAAUGAAUAUGAACACGUCGCCGGAGAAGAAAACCGAUUGCUGCCGGCGCCGCCGCCGUCAAGUCCUCCGUACAAUUCAGGGUCUGAUCGGAAGUGGGAAAUGCGUCGUUUGGAAUCCUGAGUGUGUGAUUACCAAUGAAUAUUAAUUAUUACUGUUUGUCAUUUAUUACUCUUUAAGUAGCAUCAUAUCAUCGUAUUGAUUCGAAACCCUAA